AUGAUCCUAGGCGACUUUCACCAAUUUCCUCCAGUGGCGAGUCAAAAUCGAGUGUUAUAUUCCCAACGUCCAUCAACUACAAAUUGCAAGCUCGGAAGAAACAUCUAUAUGCAGUUCAACAUAGUGAUUAAAUUGCAUAGGCAGAUUCACAUUACUGAUUCUACAUGGACCGAAAUUUUAGAUCGGGCGAGGAUUGGGGGAUGUACAGUCGAUGACCUGAGAGAAAUCCACCAAUUGGUAUUGACUUCCAACGAUUGUCAUAUUCCGGAUUUCACCAUUUCUCCUUGGUGA